ACGGCAUCCGUCGCCUAUAAGAGUUGUGUGGUCCAUUGACAUACAGAUACUGCCGGCAGAGUUCAAGGAUGAUGUCACUUCGUAUUUUUUUUGUGCUCCUCUGUGAAAUCUGUCAGGUGCCAGCUGCUGACAAAAACCUAGAUAUAAUUCAGGACAGCAAGGUCAUAACAGCUGAAGUUGGGGAGACUGUGACUCUGAAAUGCUUAUGCCAAGAUGACUCUGUAACUUUCUUCUUCUGGUACCAGCAAAGCUUGGGGGGCAAACCUCUCAUUGUGUCAUCUCGGAUGAAGUACAGCACAAAAGCUUCCAUCUUCCCCCAAUAUAAAGAAAGGUUUCGGGUGGAAUUUGAAGAAAACUUCAACAAUCUAAUAAUCUCACAUGUGCAGCUGUCAGAUUCAGCAACAUAUUACUGUGGAAUUUUACAGUUAAAUACAGUUGAAUUUGGACAAGGUGCUUUCCUUCAUGUCAAAUCAUCGCUGUCCAACACCCAUGCUGUUGUCCAUCAGCCAGUGUUGGAGACACUUCAGUUGGGAGACCCUGCAAUUUUAAGCUGUACAAGUUACGCUGAAAAAUGUGUAGGGGAGCAGAGUCUGUACUGGUUCAGACAUGGUGCAGCUCAGCCUGCAAUUGUGUAUCACAGUGCACAAUGGUGUACGAAUGACUUAGAGUCUCAUGCAAAAAACUGCACAUCAAACCUCACUAUAAAGUCAGUGAACUCGUCCGAUGCAGGAAUGUACUACUGUGCUCUGGCCUCCUGUGGGGAGAUUGUGUUAGGAAAUGGAACGAAAGUGGAGAUUGCAGAUUUUACCAGACUCAUCCCUCUCCUGGUGCACUGCCUGAGUGUGACAUUGGCAGUUUCUAUUAUUCUUCUUCUUGUCUUGGCUUUCACCAUAUCCAAGUUGAAUAAACAGAUAUGUUCUGUUUGCAAAGGAACUGUCUCUAAUUUGACAUCUUCUGACAAUAUGAGCCAAGAUGCAGAUGUCAUCCAUUACGCUGCUCUGAAAAUGAGCGGAACCAGCAAACGACAUCGACCAGAGGCACGCGAGGAGAGCAUUUGCGUGUACUCUAGAGUAAAGAAUAGAAAACACUGAACUUUGCCUUUGCUUCUAACUGCUUCUAUCACUUGCAAGAAAAUGACAUGACUAAAUAUAUAAAAAUGCAUAAAUAAUAUGUGCAUGUGUUCGUGCAUCUGUAUAUAACACUGGAUACAAAUUCAGGCAAUUCAAUCAAUCCCCUAUGAUGUUAUAAAUAUCAUUCCUGUCCGAAACCUCAGCACGUUUUUAUCACUUGGCCGCUUCUAACAGUCUACUUGUCACACCUGCGGUGAAGGUGAUGUGAACCACAGCAUAUUCAGCAAGUUUCCAUCAGUGGAAAAUCAAGGCCCAGCAUAGCUUCAGCACAGGAAGACCGGUCUGCAGCUUGCAGACCAUAGCAUCUUGUAGCGAAACUGGUGUUGCAGAACUUUGUGAUACAAGCACUGGGGCCCAGAUGCAGAAAACAUGCUGUGCAGAUGAUAAGAAAAACUAAAAGCUGGCAGCAUUUUGUCAUUAAAAUAAAGCAGGAAUUUAGACUAUAGACUUCAGGGUGAAGUGAAAGAAAAAAAAAAUGUGCCAAGGUGGUGGGCAAAAUGGCUGUAAGAAUAAUGUAAUAAUCACAACAAUUUGAACAUUAAAAUGAAAGUUCAGGGGGUCACACAGCCAGUGUUUAAUUAAAUUAAAAAUGUCUUCUGAUGAAGGAAAGAUGGUAUCUGAUCAGUGUGAGUUUUGCCAAGAGGCUAUUAUACAUGUAUUAUGUGUCUUUUAAAGUCAGUAAAAAAAACAGGAGCUCUGUAACGGGAGCAGGACAGGCGGUGGUGAUGAGGGGUGUGAUGGGUAUUUGGUGGUAUAUGAUUUCAUCACUGCUUUUCACAACACAAACAUUAGACAAUGAAAAAUUUCAGAUAUUUCUUCUAAUUUUGUGCUUUAACAAUGAUUAAAGUUACAGUGUUCCUUUAUUGAUACAGCAGUUGAUUCGGGAGUUUUAUCUAUUUGCUCAUUGUAACUCACUGUGUAUAUGUUGUAUUAUGUAAUUUUCUAAAUGAAUCCUGAUGCCCUCUUGAAAAUAAAUCUUUCCAAAGUCUGUUUUGUCUCCAUGAAAGAUCAUUUAGUCAU